AUGUCAUCUGAACAGCAAAAGACUGAAAAGAAACCGGAAGAGAAACCAACUGAUGCGAUCAAGGUAGAGCAACCAACAAAAAAUGAAAAUAAAAAAGAAGACGACAUCAAAGCUGUUCUUAUAGAGGCACAUGAACAAAAGUGCUUGACAAAAGGUCUUAAGCAAGUCUUAAAACAUCUGAAGGAAAAACAAGUCAAAGCUAUCUUUAUCUGCGAAGAUAAAACAGACAAACUCCAAAAACUCUUCGAUGAACUGAAAGCAGCUUCUAAAGAGCAAAACGUCAAGAUGAUUGAAAUCGAUAGUCCAGAAAAAUUGGGAACUUGGACGGAUUUCAGAGUUAAACCCAGUAAGGUUUCAAAGUGCGCGUGCGUCUCGAUUGGAUCAAGUAUUAAAGAAACUGAGGAGUUGAAAAGACUCUUACAAUAA